UCAGCUAUGGAGUCAUCUGUACUUCUCAUUAUGUCCUUUGACCGCUUUGUGGCCAUCUGUAACCCUCUGAGAUACACUUCCAUCCUUACCAGUGCCAGGGUUCUUCAAAUCGGGCUUGCUUUUGCUCUCAAGAAUGUUUUGCUGAUCCUGCCUUUUCCUGUAACUCUAAAGCGUCUAAGAUACUGCAAGAAGAAUCUGUUGUCACAUUCCUACUGCCUCCACCAGGAUGUGAUGAAGCUUGCCUGCUCAGACAACAAGUUUAAUGCCAUCUAUGGUUUAUUUGUGGCUCUCUCGGGUAUCCUGGACAUAACAUGUAUUUUCUUGUCCUAUGGACUGAUCCUGAGAGCAGUGCUGGACAUUGCAUCCCGAAGGGAAAGGCUCAAGGUCCUCAGCACCUGUGUCUCCCACAUCUGUGCUGUGCUUGUCUUCUAUGUCCCUGUCAUCUCCCUCUCUGUUGUCUCCCGUUUUGCCAAACACAGUUCUCCUAUAACCAAGAUCCUCAUGGCUGACAUUUUCCUGCUUGUGCCUCCAGUGAUGAAUCCCAUUAUAUACUGUGUGAAGAGCCAACAGAUAAGAAAUGUGAUACUAGAGAAACUGUGUCAAAAACAAAGCUGA